AUGGGUUCCUCACCGUUUUCCAUGAGGUCGCUUCUCGCUCUUCUUCUCUUGGUGGUGCAAUUAACGUCUGCUCUCAAGUUUGACCUCGCCGCUACUUCUGGUAAAACUGAACGAUGCAUCCGCAACUUUGUCUCUAAGGACCAGUUGGUCGUUGUGACGGCAAUUGUCAGCGGUCAGAAGGGAGAUGGUCAGCGGGUGAACAUGCAUAUCAAGGAUGCCAUAGGCAAUGAUCACGGUCGCCCCAGAGACAUUGUCGGUGAGGUGCGCCAGGCCUUUACUGCGCCUGCUGAUACUGCUUUCGACGUGUGUCUCGACAACCAGCUCGUUGGUCGCAACAAUGUUGCCAAUCCCUACCGUGAAAUCGAUCUCGAUGUUGAAAUUGGCGCCGACGCCCGUGACUGGUCCAGCAUCCAAGCGCAAGAGAAGCUCAAGCCGGUGGAAACAGAUCUUCGACGUCUCGAGGAGAUGGUCGCUGACAUCGUCACCGAGAUGGAUUACCUCCGAGCCCGCGAGCAGCGUCUCCGCGACACCAACGAGAGCACCAACGAGCGAGUGAAGUGGUUCGCGUUCGGCACGAUGGGUAUGCUGGUCGGUCUGGGAGCUUGGCAGGUUGUGUACCUGCGGGCUUACUUCCGAUCCAAGCACCUCAUCUAG